AUGGUCCGCGGUCUCUUUGCUGUUGCAGCUCUGGCUGCCUCUGCCGCCGCCGAGGCGCACGUUACCGCUCUGGCCCGCCGCAUUUCCGGCAACCAGCUCAGCUCCGCCCUCGAAAACUUUAGUACAGGGGAGCUUUCUAUUGGCGGCGACGGCUCCGGCAAUGGUAGCAGUGCCGUUGUCGUGAUCAAUGGCAGCACCGUCAAUGGCGGCACCCAGACGACAGAGACCGAGUCGAGCGCCGCGACACAGAGUGCAGCAGGCGGCUCCAGCCCCACGGCCACGCCCACGGCCACCGACGGCAAUGGCAACACCCAGUCGCCGACAAACACCCAGAACGGCGGUACCCCCGCGGCGACCACGUCGAAGUCGGCAGCCGCCGCUUCGCUUGGCCGUGGCAGCGGCAUGGGCGCCGGUGGCAUCUUUGGCCUGACCUCGGUCGUGGCCGGCCUGGUCGGAGGCGCUACCAUCGUCAUUGCGGCGGCUCUCUAA